ACCUAUACUGAUGCUUCACCUUUCCCUAUCCCUUUUAGAAAAUCUUCAAAUCUUCCUAAUCUCUCGUUUCUAUCGUUCUCUUUCUCUGCUCUCAUCUUCUUCGCUGCAAAAUGGGGCGAAAGUUCUUCGUCGGCGGCAACUGGAAAUGCAAUGGGACUAGCGAGGAAGUGAAGAAGAUAGUUAGCACCUUGAAUGAUGCACAAGUUCCCCCUCCAGAUGUUGUUGAGGUUGUGAUCAGCCCUCCAUAUGUGUUCCUUCCUUUGGUCAAAAGUCUGUUGCGUCCUGAUUUUCAAGUUGCAGCUCAAAAUUGCUGGGUAAAGAAAGGUGGUGCUUUCACUGGCGAGAUCAGUGCGGAGAUGCUUGUAAAUCUUGGCAUUCCUUGGGUCAUUCUUGGUCACUCUGAGAGAAGGCUCUUGUUGGGUGAAUCAAAUGAACUCAUUGGGGAUAAAGUUGCAUAUGCACUCUCUCAAGGUCUGAAGGUGAUUGCUUGCGUUGGUGAGACUCUUGAACAGCGAGAGGCAGAUGCCACGAUGGAUGUAGUCGCUGCACAAACAAAGGCAAUUGCAGACAGAAUAUCAGAUUGGACCAAUGUGGUUGUUGCUUAUGAACCUGUUUGGGCCAUUGGAACCGGUAAAGUCGCAACACCAGCUCAGGCUCAAGAAGUGCACACUAGCCUAAGAAAGUGGCUUGCAACAAAUGUGAGUAGCCAAGUUGCAGAAUCGACGAGGAUUAUUUACGGAGGUUCCGUAACUGGAGGAAACUGCAAGGAGUUAGCCGCACAACCUGAUGUUGAUGGAUUUCUUGUUGGUGGUGCUUCACUGAAGGCGGAGUUUGUUGAUAUCAUCAAAUCAGCUACCGUGAAGUCGUCUUCUUAAGACGCCCAAGUUUCCGAACCUGGUGAACAUGUUUGAAGCAUCAAAAUGAACCUUUCCGUUGCUUACUAGUGUAAUUUUGUUUUCGAGCUGUUCCGUUUUUGUCAUAACUUGCCAGGAGCAAGAAGGGAACCAAACAACAGACUUAAUAAUAAAUCAUGAAUAAUAAUGAUGCGUCAAACUUGUUCUUUUGUGCAACAAAGAGAGAUGACAAUAUUUCCUCUAUGUAUUACUACAUGGAAUCUUACUGUUUUCUUC